AUGACAGGAAACCCAGCUGCAACCUUCAAAGAUGAUCUCGAUGUCGCCCGCGAUGCUAUCUCCAGUGAGACAAGCAACGGGCGCAAUGUGGUGGUCGUUGCACACUCCUAUGCCUGCAUGGUCGGCAAUAGCGCCAUCAAAGGUUUCACUCAACCAAGAAACACUACCACACGCUUACCCGAACCCUCAACAACAGGGCACGUCAUUGGCCUCAUCCUCAUUGCCUCUGGCUUUACCCUAACAGGGCUCACUUUCAUGGACCCGUUCUUCGGUCAUCCACCUUCCUCCUGGCGAGUUAAUAAUGAGACUGGCUAUGCCGACCUGGUCACUCCUCCCCGUGAGCUCUUUUAUCACGACUUACCAGCGGAAGAGGCUGAGUUCUGGGUUUCGCAGCUCACCACCCAGAGCCUCAAAGCAUUGUUCGAGGGUGGUGAAUGCACCUAUGCUGGUUGGCAGGAUGUGCCUGUCUGGUAUAUCGGCACUAUCGAGGACCGAGGCUUGCCAGUUCUGGCACAAAGGAUGGCGGUUGGCAUGGCUCGGGGCAUGGGUGGUAGCGUCGAGCAUAGGGAGCUGCAGACGAGCCAUUCCCCGUUUCUGAGUCAACCAGAAGCGACGGUGAGCAUUGUGAUGGAAGCUAUUGAAGCUUUUACGGGGACGUCAGACGAUGCCCAAUCCAGGGAGAGUGGACGUGGUACUGUUAUGCCAUUGCCGAGAGCCACUCUCUGGCAGCCGAGAGCCACUCUCUGGCAGCCUUUCUCGUGGUUUAAAUUUCGACUGCCGCUGGUCUUUGGCCACAUGAUUGGAAGGGCAAAUGGCGCCGAGAAAGACCAAUAA